AUGGGACUUUGUUGCAGCAAUACAGAACUUCGGUUCAGCAGGCCUAUUUAUCAUAGUAAUAUAGAUGUAAUUAUUCCUUUUCAUGAUAGCAUUACAAGAAAAACACACAAAAAAAGAAUUUCAUGCCCGUUAUCGAUUCCUGUUCAUGAAUAUUCUAAGUUUUGCAGCUUUGAAAACCAAGAAAUCUUCAUAACUGGAUGCGUUUUACCAGGAAUGGAUCCAUCUCUAUGCUACAACAAAGAAUGCCAAGACAACUUUCUUUGCAUUACAAGCCCAAAUUCCAUUAUUUCCGUACUUUUAGAUGGCCAUGGAAAGCAUGGAAAAAGAGUUGCAGAGCAUUGCAAAAGGCACAUCGAAGCCUAUUGCAAAUUAAAACUCGAAAAAAUCCAUCAAAACCCAAAAAAAUAUGUAGAGAAAAUUAUUGUAAAAUGCGAUAAAGAUCUCAAAUCGUCAAAAAUUGAUACCAACCUUUCUGGGACAACGGCUGUUGUUGUGUAUUUAAGCUUAAAUUCUAUUCAUGUAUCAAGUGUUGGGGAUUCUAGAGCAAUAAUUGGGACUUCUCCAAAACCAAAAAAGAAGCUUCAAGCACUUCCUUUAACUGUUGAUCAAAAGCCGAAUAAUGAUUUAGAAUUAAAAAGAAUUACAGAAUCAGGCGGCUGUGUACAAAGAAUGAUAUAUAAUAAUGGUCAAAAUCUUGGUCCUUAUCGAGUUUGAAUAAAAGGCUUAACAUUACCAGGCUUAGCAAUGUCAAGAUCAAUCGGCGAUAAAUUGGCAGCUUCUGUAGGUGUCAUUUCAACACCAAUAAUCCAAUCAUUCUCACGCCACAUAAACGAUAAAUUUAUUGUUUUAGCUUCCGACGGAAUCUGAGAUGUUAUGACCAAUGAAGAAGUAGUUUCAUAUCUCGAAAAAUUUUCCUCUCAAUCAAAUCGGAAAGGUUUAAAAGCUGAAUUCCCUAUAACUCCUCUCAACGCAACUAUUUCUAGACUUCUUUGUGAAGAAGCAAGAAAAAGAUGAAUAGAAAUUUCGAAAAAAGAAAACGUGAUGAUUGAUGAUAUCUCAUGCUUGGUUAUAGAAAUUGAGAAUGAUCAAGAAAGUCUAAUAAAGACUCUGCCUGAUAAAGACCUAGAAGAUCAAAAAGUUGUUGAUGAUAUUGAAAGCGGAAUAUUAUCUGCGUUAUAUUUAAGUAGAAAUGGAUCUAGCAGAGAUGCUUCUUUUAAUAAGGAAGAUGGAAAAUAA